AUGGACGCACAGAACUUAGCGAAUGCACAGCAACCUGGACAACCAAACCCAGAGAAUAUUCCAAAUGAAGUUAGAAUACAAACUGCAAUGGCAAACUAUGGUCAAGUGCCAACAGAUGUACAAAUGCAAACUGCCAUGUCAAAUGACGCUGCGUUAGGCUUACCACCAUGGUAUGCAAAUAUGAGAUGGAAAGAGUUUUAUACAAACCCUGAAGUGGGAUAUAAACAACUUUAUGCAGAUGACGCGAACACAGGAGUUGACCCAGAAUAUGUUUUCUACCAGAGGAGAAACAGAA